AUGGAUGUCUUCGACCAGGCCAAGCAAGCUUUGGAAGCUGGCGAACAAGCUCAUCAGCCCACGCCACGGCAAGACGAAACCGACGUACCGGGCGCACCUUCACCUCAGUUUGCAAUUCUGAAUUAUCUGUUUCCAGGCUACUCCAUGGUCAUAUCCGCCGCACAUGCCUACGUUGGUGUUGACUUCAACUCCUAUGUCCACUUCCUAAUUAUCAUUAUCGCCGCCGCAAUGGCCUGGAACUACAUCAAGGAUCAGUUAUGGGUCUUCUUCAGAGACUACUUCAUGUCGUCAGUCACCAUCCACACCGAUGACGAAAUUUACAACAUGGUCAUGCUAUGGCUCUCGAAGCAGAAAUUCUCGCACAACUCUCGCCACUUUGUGGCAAAUACCAACAUCAAUUCUCGACACCGUUUCAUGUACAAUUUCAAUCGUCCCGAUUCCGACGACGAGAAUGACCAAGUGUCAGAGGCUGCUGUUGACGUUAUUACUGGCCUGUCCAACGAUCUGAAGCAGGCUCUUCAUUACACGCCAUCCUUCGGCAUGCACUUCUUUUGGUAUAAAUUGCGCCCUUUAUCAUUCGAGCGUCUCAAGAACCGGGAUCAGAUGGCCGGCAUGAACGCGAGCGAAAAGGAAGAGCUGCGCAUCUCUUGUCUGGGGAGAAAUCCCAACAUUCUGAAAGAACUGCUCCUAGAAGCACGGCAAAUGCAUAUGAAGAAGGAUGAUCGCAAGACUGUCAUUUACCGUGCCAAUUUGAACGAGACUUGUUGGCAACGGUGCAUGUCUCGCCUCAAUCGACCCUUUUCGACAGUUAUUCUGAACGAUCAUGUGAAGCAGGACUUGAUUGCUGACGCUGCUGACUACCUCAAUCCCGUUACUCGUCGGUGGUACGCAAAUCGCGGCAUUCCGUACCGAAGAGGAUAUUUGCUCCAUGGCCCUCCUGGAACUGGUAAGAGCUCUCUUAGUCUCGCCUUGGCGGGAUACUUCCGCAUGAAAAUCUACAUCGUCAGUUUGAGCUCUACUGCUGCGACCGAGGAGAAACUUACCUCCCUUUUCCAUGAACUGCCUACUCAAUGCGUCGUUCUUCUUGAGGAUAUUGACAGUGCUGGCCUGACUCAUACUCGCGAUGACUCUGCCGCUCCUACAACUGCUCGAGGUCAAGCUGCUUCACCAGUCAUUACCUCUGCCAACGGCACUGGCCCUGACACGCCGCUGCCGGAGCAUGGUCGUGUCAGUCUCUCGGGCCUACUCAAUAUCCUCGACGGCGUGGCUUCCCAAGAAGGGCGUAUUCUCAUCAUGACGACCAACCAUAUCGAAAAGCUCGACAAGGCACUCAUCCGGCCUGGCCGCGUCGACUCGGUCAUUCCAUUUGGUCUGGCAGACUCCCGUAUGACAUCCGCCAUCUUCCGUUCUAUCUAUGCACCGUACGAAAACGAAACCAGCUCCAAGGCGGAUGCCAAGGAUCCAGACCAGGGAGCUAUGCAAGCUCGGCUUGCUCAAAAGCACGCUCAAAUAAGUAAACGUGUGGACGAACUGUCCAGGCAGUUUGCCGAGAAGAUUCCCGAAAACGAGUUUAGCCCCGCGGAAGUCCAGGGACUACUCUUAAGGUACAAGCGAGACCCAGAAGGUGCUUUGGCUGCGUCAGAUGCCUGGGUUGAGCAAAUGAGGAAGGAUAGGAGACUGGGGGUGGACGAGACUGAAAAGAAGACACUGGAGGAAGGCAAAACAAAGCAAGAGGAGAAAGAUGGAGACGGGAAUACAAAAGACAAGAAUGGGCAGGAGGAAAAUAGGACUCCCGACGAGGCUAGCUUGGCUCCGGGAAAGCCUGAUGGUCCAAAGAAGAAUAUAUCGGAUUCGGGGUACGAAACCCCUUGA